UUCAAAACAAAAAAUCACACCUAGGUAUUACAACAGACGAAUAAAAAUCUUCCCUCUAAAAGAAGAGAUGAAUCUGAAUUGUUUAAGAAAGCUUACACCAAAUUGAAAAGGACUUGAAGAGGCUUCCAUACAGUUAAGCUAUGUGCAAACCACAGUUUCAUCUACGUCAAUAUGCAGCAUUUUAAAACCACAUAAAAAGGAAAGGAAAUUGUUAGUGCAGCCGGCAGUCCUGCAAUGAGGCUGCUACUGCUGUAGCUAGCCAAACAGCUCACGCUUCUCUGCAGACUGGGAGCAAGGCACGCUGAGGCUCAGAGAAUAUACCCCCAGAAUUUCAGUUCACUUAUCUCCUCUGCAAACUAACUUCCAACCCAACUGGUAACAAAAGAGCUCUCAGAAUGCAAAAGUGUGAAGUCAAAAAUAUCCUUUCUAGAAGCAACCUACGCGGGAUUUCCCAAAAUCAUAAAAUCUGACCAUGGAAAACCCAGGCUUCCUCAUAAUCUAAGAUGCUCCCACCAGCCCACACAAUCUAAUACUUUGGAUUUUUUUUUUUUUGGGGGGUGGGGACAGCGUCAUCUUGAGGGAAAGUAAGGAUGACCAACAGUUCUACCUUCUGCCCAGUUUACAGAGACCUGGAGCCGUUCACAUAUUUUUUUUAUUUAGUUUUCCUUGUUGGAAUUAUUGGAAGUUGUUUUGCAGCCUGGGCUUUCAUACAGAACAACACAAAUCACAGGUGUGUAAGCAUAUACUUAAUUAAUUUGCUUACAGCCGACUUCCUGCUUACUCUGGCACUACCAGUAAAAAUCACUGUCGACUUGGGCGUGGCCCCCUGGAAGCUCAGGAUAUUCCACUGCCAAGUAACAGCCUGCCUCAUCUACAUUAACAUGUACUUAUCAAUUAUCUUCCUAGCGUUUGUUAGCAUUGAUCGCUGUCUUCAGUUGACAUACAGCUGCAAGAUUUAUCGAAUACAAGAACCUGGAUUUGCCAAAAUGAUAUCGACUGUUGUAUGGUUGAUGGUCCUUCUUAUAAUGCUGCCGAACAUGGUAAUUCCCAUCAAAGAUGUGAAGGAAAAGCCCAACGUGGGCUGCGUGGAAUUCAAACAGGAGUUUGGAAGAAACUGGCAUUUGAUGACAAAUUUCAUAUGCAUCGCAAUAUUCUUCAAUUUCUCAGCCAUCAUCUUAAUAUCUAACUGCCUUGUCAUUCGACAACUCUACAGAAACAAAGACCAUGAAAAUUAUCCAAAUGUGAAAAGAGCUCUCAUCAAUAUACUUUUGGUGACUACAGGCUACAUCAUAUGUUUUGUUCCUUAUCACAUUGUCCGAAUCCCAUACACCCUCAGCCAGACAGAGGUCAUAUCGGACUGCUCCACCAGGAUUUCACUUUUCAAAGCCAAGGAGGCCACGCUGCUGUUGGCUGUGUCCAACCUGUGUUUUGAUCCGAUCCUGUACUAUCACCUCUCAAAAGCUUUCCGCUUAAAGGUCACGGAGACGUUUGCUUCGCGUAAGGAGACCAAGGCUCAGAAAGAAAAAUCAAGUGGUGAAAACAAUGCAUAAAAUAUGGGAUUUUCUCACGCUCUCUCUUCCUGCCUUACUGGACAAUUGAGUGUACAAAACUGCUGGGAAGGAGGGGAAAAAAGAGCCUCCAUGAGUAAAAACACAGGCAGCUAGCGAAUGUGGCUUGGUUCACUGAGAAACCCUGUUUCUAAAUGCAAGCCAAGCAGUACUCUCGUGCUUGUCGAUGCUCCUUAACCCAAACGUUUGUACAAAAAACUAAAACAUCUUGUUGCGCCAACAUAAACCCUGCACUAUCCUUGAAAUCUAAAUGAGCUCUAUGACACAGACUGAAGUAUUCAUGAGGUAUUCAUUUAAAGGCCUGGAACUGACUUCCUGAUAGAAAUAUGCAAAAUAACCUCCAUGUCAGUUUCCGGGAAGCCCUUCAGCAAUACGAUUUAAAGUCCUUUAGAUCGCUUUAAAAAAAAAAAAAAAAAGCCAGCUGAUUUGUUACAUGAAACCACCUGGGCUGUGCCUGAUUUUGUUUUAAUCCAUCCCUUCGAAAAUGGUAACCUUUUAGCUCACUACUCCAAUUUUUAAUAGCUAAUUGUUUCCUACCACAAUAGCUUGAAAUUCUCUUAAGCUUUUUUUUUAAGCUUAAUUUA